GUUAUAUAAGCUGGAAGUAAUAUUAUAUUGGUCCCAGAUGUAAGGUAGUCUAGUAAGUCUUUCUAGUGUGGAUUUCCGUUUCUAAAAAUAGAAAACUCGAAUCUGAGGUUUUGAAUACCUGAGCUGCUAGCUUUGUAUGAUUAAUUGGAUGAGUUUUGUGAGUAGAUAUUGCUCAUAAAUUUGGUGAAUGAAAAACUAACGAAAGGAAUUUAAAGGACACAGUAAACGCUCUUUAAGGCAUCAAAAUGCCUGUGUUCCACACGAAGACGAUCGAAAGUAUUCUGGAACCAGUGGCCGUGCAGGUGUCUAAGCUGGUGAUUCUUCAUGAAGAAGCAGAAGAUGGCAACGCAAUGCCGGACCUCUGCCGGCCCAUCCAAGUGGUCAAGUUGGCUGUCGACAAUCUGGUCAAGGUCGGCUAUGAGACGAUCAACUUCAGCGACGAUCAGAUUCUGAAGCAGGAUAUGCCCCCAGCCCUGCGCCGCGUUGAGGAGUCUUCCAUUCUUCUCCUCCAGGCCUCUGACAUGCUCAGAGCUGAUCCAUACUCUGCGCCGGCCCGCAAAAAACUCAUCGAGGGAUCAAGAGGCAUCCUCCAGGGCACCUCAGCUCUACUGCUUGCCUUUGACGAGUCUGAAGUACGGAAGAUUAUCCGGGUGUGCAAGAACGUGCUGGAGUACCUCGCUAUCACCGAGGUUGUUGACCGAAUGGAAGACCUCGUCACAUACGUCAAGAACCUGAGUCCAGUGUUGACCAGGAUGACCAAGGAGGUGGACACUAGGGAGAAGGAACUCACUCAUCAGGUUCACCGUGAGAUGUUGAUCCGGUCGUUGGAACAGGUGAAGAACCUUACUCCGGUCCUCAUUUCCGGCAUCAAGAUCUACAUCACCGCAAAACAGACCAACCAGGGAGUGCAAGAUGCCCAGACAAACCGUGACUAUGUGGUUCGGAAGAUGUCAGACGAGAUACAUGAGAUUAUUCGUGUUCUCCAGCUCACCACGUACGAUGAGGAGGAGUGGGAUGCAGACGACAUUGCUGUCAUGAAGAAGGCUCAGAGUGCCAUUGAACAGAAGAUGAAGCUGGCCCACGACUGGUUGGCUGACCCGUCUGCUCUGGUGGGCAGUUCAGGGAUGGUGAUAGAUAAUCGUGUCCUGUCAGGUGACAAGUCCCUGCGUCAGAUCCUGGAAGAUGCAAGGCGUAUCGCUGACUGCUGCACCAACCAAGAUGACAGGGACCGAAUCCUGAAGUCUGUCAGCAACCUUGAGUCCAUGAGCCAGGCUCUGUCUGAACUCAGAGCACAGGGCAAGGGCAACAGCCCCCAGGCGAUGUCCUUGGCACGCGAGAUGCAACAGAAGCUGAAGGAGUUACAGAAUCUCACUGGCACCAGCAUCGCCAACACAGAGCGUUCUGGCAUCCGCAAGCCUGCACCCACUGUUGAGGGGAAGGUGGACCAGGCUCAGAGAUGGCUCACAAACCCAGGGCUUGAUGACAGGGGACUUGGUGAGCAAGCCACUCGGAUGGUGGUUGCUGAUGGCCGGCGUGUAGCAGAAGGUUGCUCUGGUCCUCUCCGCUCUGACCUGCUCCGCCUAUGUGACGAGACAGAAAUACUCACCAACCAACUUGCGGACCUCAUUGCUAAAGGACAGGGUAACUCUCCACAGGCGAAGGCAAUAGCCCGGCACCUGUCUGAGAAGCUCCUGCAGCUGAAGGGCAAGAUCGAGGAAGCCCUCGUGAACCAGGUGGCUGAGGACUUCAUUGAUAUCACCACACCUCUUAAACAACUCACUGAGGCCGCCUCUGUACCACUUGGUACUCCAGGAAGAGAAGCCAAUUUUGAUGACAAGAGGCGGAACUUUGAAGCCCACUCGGCGAAACUUGCUGACACAGCUACCAUGGUGGCCACUGCUGGGGGAUGUAGGAACAAGAAAACUGUAGAGGAAAUCUUCAAGUCUUCAAAACAGGUGAAUGACCUGACCCCUCAGAUUACCACGGCGGCUAAGAUCGUGUUCAGUAACCCUGAAAACCAGGCAGCGGUUGAACACUUUGAACUGCUAAAGAAACAGUGGAGCGAUAACAUGGAGCGACUGCGUGGGCUGGUGGACGAGGCUGUAGACUCUACCGCUCUUGUCAAGGCUGAGGAGGAAGGCAUAUUGAGGGACACAGAGCGUGUUGAAGAUGGUAUUCGCACCAGAGAUUCGCCAAAGAUUGUCACAAAUGCAUCAAACAUCGCGCGCCGAGCCAACCGAGUCCUCCAGGUGGCACAGCAAGAGGCAGACAACAGUGAAGAUCCAAACUUUGUGGACAAUGUGAACAGAGCCUCUGAGCAGCUUAGAUCUACAAUCACCCCGAUGGUUCAGUGUGCCAAGGUUGUGUCCAUGAAUCCACAGGAUCCAGGGGCUGCUAACAACUGGCGGAAGACCAACAGUGGGUUGAUAGAUGCUGUAGGUGAGGUGCGUAAGGCGGUGGACACGACGCCCGAUUGCCGAAGAGCUGAGGAGAUGUUCCCGCCCCCGCCCGACCUCUCAGAGCUGCAGAUCUCAGAGCCGUGUUUCGUGGCGCCCCCUAGGUAUGCCCCACCUCCCCCCGCGGUGCCCCCACCGCCCGCCCAGGAAUUUCCCCAGCGGCGGGUGGUCCAGCAGGCGGCCCCGCGGGCUGCUGUUAGAGACCAGCCUGACGGCCCGGAUCCAAUAGUUUACAAUAGCCCCCAUAGUACACUUAGGUUUUAUCCAUCACCAGAUGCCGUCUCUGAGUGGGAAGCCAGAAAAUCCACGUCCAAGACUUCUGCUACUAAACCAAAACAUCAAGUUCACUACAAAAGUUUCAUGAUUGGGUCGCCAAAAGUUGAACAUAUUAGGUCCAAGAACUCUGCUAGAACUAACCCUUCACCCUCCUCUGAUAAUGAACAAGUCCAGUUGACAAAUUUCGCAGUCAUGCCGUUAUCGCCAGAAAAUGUUGCUAGGUCAUUGGCUAAUUUGUCUUGGUCAGCAAAAGAAAAAUCUGAUUUACCGAAUCAUUCAGAUGGCCUUCCUAUCCCUAUAUAUCAUGAACAAGCAGGAUUUCAAUCUAAUGGCUUCUUUCAAGGUUUCGAUAUGCCAGUGUUUGAUAUGCCAGAUAUGAACAAUUUAAUGACAAACUUAACACAGUCUGAGCACAGAGUGGCCACCAUUUCUCAACCAAAUGUAGUAGCAGAUUGGUCUCAAAGUUUCAGUGAUUUCAGUAACAAUGCUUCAUUCUCUUCCAGUCAAAUGCAAUCAAGCCAUUCUUAUUCUGCCAAUUCAUUUGCGACAGAUUUUGGUCAAAAUGGUUACUUCAAAGGAAGCAAUGGUCUAACUGAACGCAUUGUGCCCAUAGAAAUUGAAAAGAACGAAAAUGAACUGCAAGAAGUAUCUGAUGUCAUCAAGAAAUACACAAAAGUCUCUGUUGUUAAUCCUAAAACUGUUUCCAAGAAAGAAACUAAGAAGGAAUAUUCAGAAUUGACUGUUACACCUGCAGUUACUGAUGUCAUGAAAAAAUACACAAAAGUCUCUGUUGUCAAACCUAAAACUGUCACAGAGGAAUUCUCCAGUGUAUCAGCUACACCACCUGUAACUACUAAUGUUACUAAAAAAUAUGCCAAGGUGUCUGUAAUUCCACCUGUCAAGAAUGUUCUAGACCUGGCUGUCAAGGAAACAGUCAACCUGGCCACCAAACCUGCUUCAAAGCGAUCUCGCUUCACUAGCUACUCAUACCUGAAAUUUGAUCAACCGAAACAGAAAGCCAAAAGAAUAUCAUUUUCUCCGAAGCAUUACUCACAAAAGAGUUUCAGAAUUAACAGUCCAAAAACUACUGGUAGUCAGACUGUCAGUGCAUCUGUUGCCUAUUCUGGAAACUGUGGAGCCAGGAGAAGGGACAGAAGGUCUUUACUUGUUAAACCAUUAUGUGAGAAAUAUGAAAUGAUGAUUGGGUCAAGUGGUGCCUCAUCUGAUGAAGAAAGUGGCCAGAUUUUCAAAGAACGCUCAAACACCAAAAUCUACCAUCCAAUGUGUGGUAGCUACAAAAGUAUUAAACUUUCCCCAGUUCCCUCUGGCACAAAGUGUAAGACUUCCGGUAGAAGUAGUAUAUUCAUUGUCCCCAAAUAUCUGCGUAGCAGGAGUCAGCAAAAGACCCAGUUUGUCGUGCCAGCGCUUCGCUCCAGCCUCUCUUCUUCUAAUACACGUAGAGCACCCAUGAAGAAGCAGCAGCCUCCAGUGCCUCAGAGGUCGGCACCACCCCCGGUCCCGGCUCCGCCCAUUCCCCCACCACCAGCGUGGGCAGCAUACAGUCAAGAUGGUCCACCACGCCCACCAUUACCAUCGGAUACAAUGCCGCCACGCCCACCUCCGCCAGAGACAGACGAUGAAGAAGACUUCCCUGUGCCACAAGAGAACCAGCCUAUUAUGAUGGCAGCCCACAUGUUGCACGAGGAGGCCAAGCAGUGGUCCAGCAAGGACAACGAGAUAAUCGGUGCUGCCAAGAGGAUGGCCUUCCUCAUGGUCAGGCUCUCACAACUUGUCAGGGGAGAGGGUGGAACCAAGAAGGACCUGAUUUCGACCGCCAAGUCCAUCGCAGAAGCCUCAGAGGAGGUAACACGCCUUGCAAAGAAACUGGCAGCUGAAUGCACCGACAAGAAAAUGAGGACGAAUCUGUUGCAAGUGUGUGAGAGAAUCCCCACAAUCGGUACCCAGCUAAAAAUACUCUCCACCGUGAAGGCUACAAUGCUAGGAGCUCAGGAGCCGAUCCCAGCCCCUGAUGGCAGCGAAAUAGCCUGUGGUUCUGAGGAGGACCAGGAAGCCACGGAGAUGCUGGUCGGGAAUGCCCAAAAUCUGAUGCAGGCCGUCAAGGAGACUGUGCGAGCGGCAGAGGCUGCCUCAAUCAAGAUCCGUGUUGACUCUGGAUACACCAUCCGCUGGCUGAGGAAACGACCCUGGUACACGUGAACUGUGUCAUCACCGUAGCAACCACGUCACCAUGACUACCAGCUUAGAUAGAUAGAACAAUGAAUUCAACAUUUUAAUGAUUGUUUGUCAAAUUUUAGAAGUAAAAAUAUUGUGAUACAGUAGUAGGGAGAUGUUUUCAAGAGAGUAUUGGGAUUGUUACAUCUUUUUGAGUUAUUUAUGAAUGGUGCUGAAUUUGUUGAUACAUAAUUUAUUGGGUUGUUUGAUCAUUAUUUUUAUACAUCAGUUUUCAUUGUUAUUUAUAAAUCUUGAGCCAUGAUCAAUACCAUUUUAUGGUUCGAUUUAAACCUGCAUCUUCUAUGCAAAAAAUGAUUUAUCAUUAUUUAUAUCAAACAAAUGCGUUCCCUUCGAGUUUUUAAUAGAUAUAACUGUUAUUGUACAUACAACAAAUAAAGAAAAUCAGAAAAAGAAUGAAACUAAGAAACACUGGUCGAUUUAUUUUGAAAAGUUAUAAAAUGUAUAGCGGACUGUAUUUAUGCAAUAUUUAAGUAAUAAUUGUUAUGCAUGAUGCCAUAAUGUAUUUGUAUAUUUGUUAGUCUUGAUACUAGUAUUAUUUCACUAAAAGGACAUAUUCUUGUUGUGUUUUCUACUAACCCACAUAUUUCCCUCGUAUUGUGAUUUGUUGUUUUCAUAUUUAGGCAUUUUAUAUAAAUUAUACAAUUAUUGUUUUUAAAUAAUUGGCAUUCUUGUCAACAUUUCAAUUCAAUGAAAUAUGAUUUCAUACAUUAAGCCUGAUUCAGUUUUAAGUUUUUCAAUACAAGCAUCUGCAUGUUUCUUUGCCUUUUCUACAGGACAUACACAGCAUUCAAAAUGUUGGAUUAGACUUUAUUAUGACAUGGUUUAUUAUUAUAAUUAAUUUGCUUGUAUUGCAGUUCCUGGUCCUUGUCAUAAGAUGGAGAUCAUUUCUUUAAUAACCCAUUGCUUAGAUAACCCCUGGAAGUGCAUCAUUUAUGUUGGUAUUUUGUGUGUAUCAGCUUUAUAUCAUCCAUACCAAGCACAUAAUGCCUCCUUACCAACUCACCAUUAUUAACGAAACUUUACCCUGAAGUGUUCAUGAGCAAUACUGUCAUUUGUUCAAGAGAUUUUACUUUUUUCCACAGAAGUCCAUUGUUAUCUAUUGUAUUGGUAUCUCCUAUGCUGAAGAUUAAUUUUGCAUGAAUUUGAUAUUUGCCAGUAUCUUUUUUACCUCUCAAAAAGAUAAUGUUAAUCCACUUUUAAUGAUAAUACUCUUAACCAUUCUGCAUGUCAAAGAACAGUGUUUUAAUUUGUUCUCAAUUACAAAGAGUGCAUAAUUGAACAAAUUUAAUAUUAAAAGUAUUCAUUUCUUGAUGUCUCAUUAUGUUCAUAUAUGUAAUUCUAUGUUUCAAUCAUUCAUCUAGUUAGUAUGAAUUAUACCAUGUUAGACUGUAGGAUAUUUCCAUAUAAAGUGCAAUUAUUUAGGCUUUUAGGAUCUUGAUUUCAUCUAGAGAUAUUUGAUUUUUAAUCUGCUUGAUAUUUAACAUGCUUCAAGUUUUAUUAUUGUAUUGUAUUUUGCCGAUAGUAGGUUUAUAUCUGUUAUUUUCAAAUAAAACUUUACCAAAAGGUU